AUUCGAUCGGUAACGCCCUUCGGAUCCGACGGGGUCGGCUUGCUCGUUACGCGUUCCAUUUCGCUCCCUUCCGGCUCGGCUCACGAGUCGCUCCGCCUCACUCACCACUCUUCUCUCGAUGCCCUCUGCUCGCGAAGUGAUCGAACUGACGCGGGCCGAGCAUCGUCCUGAGCGGAGGAACGAACAAAAGGGCUAGAAUAACAAAACCCUAGCCAGCUGAACACGAGGUCUCGAACUUUUCCUCGUGCCUUCUGUUCUCGCGAAUCUUUCUCCAUUUCUUGGCUUCGUUCGGGUUUCCAGGGUUUUGUUUCCUGGGGUUUUGAUGACCUGAGUCGUUGGAGGGAUCGAGGAAGUUUGGAUCUGCAGUUCGGAGCAAUGACGAGCAAGGAGAAGGAGCUGGAGGAUCGGCUCCGGGAAGUCGGGAGCAGGCUUGCGUAUCCUCCCUCUGCUGUCGAUGAGCUCCUGCCUCUUCUUGAUCAAACUGAGAGUUUGCUAUCAAGAGUUGAUCAGUCACCAACACAAUCAAUGUCUAAUGCGCUUAGGCCCUCAAUGAAAGCUCUGGUGGAUAAGGGGUUGCUGGGACAUUUAGAUAUGGAUGUGAAAGUGGCUGUUGCAUCAUGUUUUAGUGAAAUCACAAGAAUAACAGCUCCCGAGGCUCCAUAUGAUGAUGAUCUAAUGAAAGAGAUAUUUCAGAGUAUUGUUCAAGCCUUUGAAAAUUUGGAUGAUAUGUCAAGCCGUUCAUAUUCCAAGAGAGUUUCGGUUCUUGAAACUGUUGCAAAAGUUCGUUUGUGUGUUGUGAUGUUGGAUCUUGAGUGUGACACUUUGAUUUUAGAAAUGUUCCGUCAUUUCCUGAAGGUGAUAAGGCCAUAUCAUUCUGAGAAAUUUUUUUCUUCAAUGGAAACGAUUAUGACACUUGUGUUAGAGGAGAGUGAAGAUAUUUCCUCAGAGUUAAUUUUAUGCCUUCUGGAUAGUGUAAAAACUGAUAAUCAAAAUAUCUUGCCUGUUGUACGCAGGCUAGGGGAGAAAGUGAUCAGUAAUUGUUCUGGGAAAUUGAAACCUUAUCUUCUAGAAUUUUCCCAAUCUGUUGGCACACCUUUAAACAGAUAUAGUAAAGCUGUAGCCUCUAUAUGCCAAGAACAUUUGGAUGGUGUGGAGCUAAAUGAUGCAAAUGCUUCAGAUGAAAUUAUGGUAGAUGACAGCAAACAGUCCGAAAGAACUGUUUCUGAUGAGUUGGUUCAGGGCUCUGAGAAAAUGGAACAAGAAGUUGGUUGCCCUGAAGAAGUUACUUCUACUGAAAAAUCACCAAAGUCAGUGAUGAGCAAUGGUACUGCUCAGAUGGAUAAUGGUGAAUUAGCAGCAGAACCAUCUUCUCCAAAGCAGAAGCCUGAAAUUUUUCAUCCUGAUGACCAAUCUGAAAAGGCAGCAACAACCAAUAGGGAUGUUUCUGUUAACUUGGUGUCUAUGGCUGUAAAACCGGAUGCUGUUUCAUGUCUUAAAGCCAAAGAAAUUAGAGUCAAGCAAACUAGUUCUGUGGUUAAUUUGAAAGAUAGCCUUGAUCAUUCUUUGAAAGAUGACUCUCUUGGAAAAGAAUCAUCUGGUAAACAUGACUUGGUGUCUCCUUGUGGAACAGAGAGUGGAGCAGUUAAAGAUUCAUUGCCAGCCCAGAGAGAUAUUCCUGAAGCAACUCGGCGUAAACGAGGCAGACCUCCAAAGCUAUCUUCAACAAAGCAUGGAAAUAGUGCAGUAGCCCAGCAAUCUGCUUCUACUUUGCAACAGAAGAGGUCUGAGAUGGGAAAUAAAGCUUUGCGUAAUAAAGAUUCUGACUUGCAGAAGGAAUCAAAUGGUAUUAGUAAUCAAGACAUCUUAGAACCAACAAUUGUUGCGAGAGUCCCAGAGGAAAAAUCUCAAAGUCCAACAAGUAGAAAAGAUUCAACAAGACAGACUGAUCAUGGUGAUUCAUCUCUAAAAUUGGGAACAUCCAAACUUAAACAGCACGAGAAUUUCAAAGCCAAAAAUGAUAUAGCUGGAGAACCAAUUUUGAAGGAAACUUCCUUGUUAAAGUCUGCUACAGAAGCACUUAAUCAAGGCAACUCGAAGGAGAGUGGUAAAACUAAGUCUGGGAGGAAGGGUGAACAUGGUGUCAAAGAGAUUUCUGAAACACCAACUCAAAAUAAAGAACUAGAUGGUAGCCUCGUUGACUCAAGAAUCAGGGUGUGGUGGCCAAUAGAUAAGAAGUUUUAUGAUGGUGUUGUUGAUUCGUAUGAUUUAGCUUCCAAAAAACAUAAGGUUAUCUAUAGUGAUGGAGAUGUAGAGAUAUUAUUGUUGAAGAAAGAACGGUGGGAAUUUGUUAAAGAUGCAAGCAACAUAGAUGUGGAUCAAGCCAAAGACUCUACUAAUCCUGAUGUUUCUUCAGAAGAGCCAAAGAUUAAAAGAGCAAAAUCGAGUUCUAGUUCUAUCACAAAGGAAAUAAAUACAGAGACAUCUACAAAAAGUGGCACAGCAUCUGGCAGUCAUCGUAAAGGUAGACCACGGAAAGCUGGCAUUUCAAAUCUUGAUGAUGGCCCCAGAUCUUCAAGUAAAUCAAACGAGAAGCCAACAAGUAUAUCCAAAAUUUAUAGUUUUAAAUCUAGCAAUAAACUUAGGGGUGAUGUCAAAUCUGAUGGUGACAUCUCUACGGCGGACAAGUCUAGUUCUACAACUGGAAGCGAGACGGAGGAUAAUUCUCUCAAGUCGAGUAGAAAAUCCAUGGUUGGCCCUCCUAUAUCUGCUGUCAGCAAGUCAAAGGAUAAUGGUGUUGCUGGCAGUAAGGUGAGAAAGGACGCUUCAAAAAGUAAGUUGAAUGAAGACAGUCCAUUGACAAGCCAGAAAUUGAAGGGCACCAUCACUCCGAAAGCUGGCAAUGAAUCAACGAUGAAUACUGAUUCUGAGCGGCGGAAAAUGAAGUUACGAGAAUCUGAAACAUCAGCAAAGUUGCUUCUAAAUGCAACUCCCAAGGCACCAGAUGGUGAAUCUUUGGCUGGGAAGAGGCGCAAGAGAAAGGGCCAGACCUGAGUCUCCAUAUAAUAGGUUAUUCACUUGCUUCUCGGUUAACUACAUCCUCUUUCCUUUUGUCGAUACUGUCACAUUGGUGUAUCUUUCCAGGAUCAUAGUAUUUUACCAUUUGCCUACCGAAAAGUCAUGGGACUGGCAACGAGAAGUCAAAGGUGAGUCUAGGAACUCAUAAAAGGGCUUGUACUGUUUGCCCGUACAUUAAUUACCAUAAUAGGGAAGGAAAUGCAAGCUCUUGGAGGCUGAUUUCAGCAGGUUGUAGGAUAGAUAGGAUUUGGUCUAUUUAAAUAGCUCUUUUGACAACAUUAGCUUCUGAAGAUUCUAGCCUGACCACUGUAAAACCAGACAUGGCAUCAUACUAGUUCUUGACAACCAUUUUGUGGAGUCUCUCUUGUGCUUCAAGUCUUCUCGUCACCAUGGUUAUCUUAAGUAGAUAAGCUUGAGACGGGAAUUUACCUGGGGUGAUGAUGGCUCAUGUUGUAUCCUAUUUAUUACAUUUUCUAGUUGUGUUGGUGAUUAAUUGUAUUGCAAAAGAAAGGGUAAAGUCUGCUUUUGUAAGCUAGGGACUUGUCCUACCUCUAUCCAUCAGGUAAAAUAUAUGUAAUUUUAGUAAUGGUAACAGAAUAAGAUGGACAAGAAAUUUCAGUUAUCAAAAGCUUCAAGUAUUUUGAAUUGAUUACUCAACAAGAUGAAAAGAUAGAUAAUGAUAUUUUUUAUAAAAUAAAAACUGAAUGCUUAAAGUGAAAAGAAAUGUUGUACUUUAUGAAUACGAGUGUUAAGAAAUAAUAUAUAUAAAGUUUGUGUUGUUGAGAUAAAGAUGUUGAAUGUAUAUGUAAAGUUAUUAGGAAAGACCAAAAAAGAACACUUUUGUUUAUGAACGAAGAUUUAAAUAUUUUUAAUUUAAUUAAGUAUAUUGUUUUAUAUAGGGGCCAAUAGCAGAAAGGGAUCCAUGUAGUCUAAUUGGCAUAUUACAUGCUAUUGUUGUCUAUAUCCAUUGGGUGUAUUGUUGUUACAGACUUAUUUAACUGCAUUUUGAUCUUCGAAAAGUGUGGUUCUUUUAGUUCUUACUGUGCAUGCCAAGAUGUUGGUCAAAUUCAUAGAGGAGUGCAGAUAUAACUUUAUGGUGGCAACCUAAAAUCAGAAUCCAGCAUUAAUCGAUGGCCGAACCUGAUCAGUUGACUUGCAUGGGUUUGAGCCUGGUGACUUUGUUUAAGUCAGUGUAACAAAGAUGAAAAGACAGCGUUCCUUAAUGUUACAUUGAGAUGUCUUCUUUUUCGAGUUGGGACAUGGAUCUGAUUUAUAUCAGUUUGUGGAGAGAAUGAUGGUUGUAUGGAUGUACUUUUGUUGUUUUU